AUGAAGAAACUCCUGGUAAAUUUGGGUUUAGCAUAUUACUAUGAUAAGAAGCUCACUCUACACACAGUGCUGCAGAUCAACAAGAACAGUGUCACAGUCCCUGUUCAGUCCCUUUCAAAUCUGCCAUGGCUCUUCUUGAAGAGACUGAUGAUGCUACAAAGGACAGCGAGGAGCGUUAAGUGCUCCUCAUCAGAUGCUGCAGAAGAUUCAGAGAGUGAUGAUGAUCAGGAAGCAGAAUCAGACUGUCCUCAGUCAGUAAAUCCUUUAGACAUUUUAACUGCUGUGUUCCUUUGUUCUGACAGUUUUCUUCAGCAGGAAAUGAUCAUGAAAAUGUCUAUGUGCCAGUUUGCCAUUCCUCUGCUGCUUCCAAACAGUGAUAACAAUCAGAUCACUCUUAUGCUUUGGGCAAUGAGAGAUAUUGUGAAAAAAUACAGACCACACUCAUUAUCAGAUCCAAUUGCAUUUGUGGAAGAAAGGAUUGCUCUGUCAGAAAUACCUUUAGUGUCUUUUGUGAGACUUGGUAGGUGCAACAUUUCCAAAUCAGAAAUUCUGAAUAAGCUGCUCAGCAAUCCACAGCAGUACACUGAUACCUUUGUGCACUUCAACAUGGAUUGUGGAAACAUCGGUAAGACAAUAUCAGAUGGCUUAGUUGAGAUGGCCUGGUAUCUUCCUUGUGGAAACAAGAGCAUUGAUGUCUUUCCUGAACCUGUAGCAAUUGCCAACUUGAGAGGUGACAUCCAGAACUUUGAAACACAGUACUCUUUUCUUUGUGAGGCUUCAACUGCUGUGUUUGUGUUCUUUGAAUCUCAACUUUUAGAUUCACAUUUUCUUUCAGUCCCCAGUCAGAAAUCUAUGCCUCAAUUAUUUUUUGUGGGAGACUCCAACAACGAGAUCAUAAAAGCUACAGUGAAUGAGCUCAAUCUGAAGAAAAGUAAUUUCAUUUUUAAAGCCAAGAAGAAUGAUGCAGACUUUGUUGACAAAAUUCAAAGCAAGUUGCAAUAUGCAAUAAAGAACAACAAUAACAAAAUGUCAGUUGUUCGUUUAGCUGAGAUUGCACGAAAUCUGGGAAUCUUGGUGGAUGAGGAUGCUGAAGAAUGUCAGCGUGCCAAAGCAAGCGCAGAUGAAAUCACUUCAAAAAUGAAUGAUAUAGUGCAGUUCAAGGAGGAGGAACUUCCAUUGCAAGGGCAAAUCUUGAUGAAAUUGGCCAAGAUAGAGAAGGAGAAAUGCCGAUUGAACAAAGUUGGGGAUAAGAGUGUUGAGGACUACGAAAGUGACCUUCAGAUUGAGAAAAAGAAGCUCAGAGAACAGCAAUACAGAACAGACAUGUCUGCUACUAUGAGCUGCUUCAUCAGCGCAAUAUCAUCACCAGAAAAGGCCUACUUCUUAAAAUGGUUGAGAAUCAAUUUGGAGAAUCGCUCACAUGAAGUACUGCCUCAACUCAGAGAACUGUACAAACAGAAAUGUCAAGAUGUUUGUGGCAACGAGACAGAAAUAACUGAGCUUGAUAAAAAGAUUUCAAACAGUUCUUUAGGAGUGGAGCACUUCAUUCGAGAGAUGAGCCAGAUUUACGAGGCUGCAGUCUCGCUCUCAGAAGAUGCACUUUACCAAAAACAACUGGAACAUUUACCUAGACUCUGUGCUGAACUACUGCUGGAAGGAUUUUCACUUGAACUUGUGGAUGGAGAUUCUUCAAAUAUCCCUGAAAAAUGGCUGUCUAGUGUGUUUUCUGAAUUAAACACACUGGUGAAGCCCAAAAACAAGAUUAUGGUUGUCACAGUUUUGGGCGUCCAGAGUUCAGGGAAGUCAACGCUGCUGAACACCAUGUUUGGAGUUCAGUUUGCAGUGAGCAGUGGAAGAUGCACAAGAGGAGCCUUUAUGCAGCUCAUUAAAGUAACAGAAGAGUGUAAAGCAGAACUCAAUUGUGAUUAUAUAGUAAUAAUUGACACUGAGGGACUGAAAUCCCCUGAGCUCGCACAACUGGACAACAGCUAUGAACAUGAUAAUGAGUUGGCAACUCUUGUGGUUGGACUGAGUGAUGUAACAAUUGUCAACAUCGCCAUGGAGAAUUCAACAGAGAUGAAGGACAUUUUACAGAUCAUUGUUCAUGCCUUCCUCAGGAUGAGGGAAAUAGGAAAGAAACACAAGUGUUUAUUUGUACACCAGAAUGUGGCUGAUGUUUCAGCUCAUGAUUCAAACAUGAGAGACCGUAAAUUUCUGUUGGAGCAACUGAAUGAAAUGACACAAGCUGCAGCCAAAAUGGAGAACAAAUUGGAGUUCAAGAAAUUUACAGAUGUGAUGAACUAUGACACUGUGACGGGUGACCACUACAUCCCUGGAUUGUGGCAUGGAAACCCCCCAAUGGCACCAGUGAGUACUGGCUAUAGUGAGUCUGUGUAUGCUCUCAAAAAGCAUAUAAUGGAGAUUUUCAGAGGUUACAAGCCCAGUGACAUGAAUGAAUUUAUUAGAUGGACCAAAGACUUGUGGACUGCUGUGAAAUUUGAGAAAUUCAACUUUAGCUUCAGAAAUAAAGAUGCAUACAUGAACUGCACAGAGUACAACACAUGGGACUGGACACUGAGAAAGCAAAUGCACACAUGGGCAUUAGAGGCUGAAACGAAGAUCUUAAACUAUGGAAAAUUUGAAAACUCUGAGGAGUGCAACAUUGAAGAUUUCUGUUGUCAUUUACUACAAAAAGCAGGUGUUGAGCUUUCAAAAGGAGAAGAAGAAAUUUCUGACAAGAUCCAGUCAUACUAUGAACAAGGAGAAGGUCACGUUGAACUUGUGGAAAACUAUCGACAAGACUUUAUAAACUCUGCCAACUCUUUGAAGAAAGAGCUUUCAAAUUCCAUCACAUGCAAACUGGAUGCAGCUCUUUCACGUCGAAAUGCAAUGAUGAAGGUGGAAGGAAUCCAAAAGACAUACAUGGACACAAUGGAGAAAAAAGUGCUGGACUUGCUGAAACUCUGUCGUGAGAACAAGUCAGACAUGUCAGACCCCAUGCUGGAUGAAGCAUUUGAAAAGAUGUGGCAGAAGACUGUCAGCACAUUGUCAUACACAGGGCUCCAGAAACAAGAUAUCAUGGCAAAUGUUCUUCUUCAUGUGAGGAAAAAUCUUCAAUCUAGAGGAAGUUCAAUGGCUCAACACUUAGACAAAGUGAAGGAUUUAGACAUGUAUGGGCAAGAAACAUUCAUUGCUGGCAAAGACAAAUACCGUUUGACCAAGUGGAUUUACAAAAGUCAGAUCAAGAUAGCGCAAGAGAUGUCCGACAACCUUAUCAGGGAAUGUUGGGAAUUUGUUGAAGCAAAGAGAGAAAGUAAGGAUGAUUAUGAUGACACAUACAUCAGGGAAAUUCUUAACAUGAUUGAUGAGACACUUAAGGCUCAUGAAGAUUUAAAAGAUUAUGUUGAACUACCCCUUAAACUACACAUCUGUGGCUUUGCGAGCAGAGAAUUUCAAAAGAUUCACAAUCAAUUCAUCCAGAAAAACAACCCACGAACAGCCUUGGAGAACUUCAAAGAAACAUACCGCUGUAACUUCAUUGACCUUUACCUCGAACGAGACCAGUGUCAGAAGACAGCUGAUGAAUUCAUGAGCAAAUGCAUAAAACCUGCUUUGGAAAAAUACAUGUCUGAUGUUUUGGGCAUGAAAAUGGCAGACAAGAUGAAGACUGGUGAAAACUCCAGAAUUUUUGGAACAAGGACAUCUUUUCAGAUUUUUGUCUUGAAAAAUCUUCUUGAUGAAUCUAAAUUUGAAACAUAUUUGCGUUUCAUGAAGUCAUAUGAAACUUUUGUCAAAGCCUUUAUUUUUGACAAAGUCAGAGAGCACUUUACCGCCAAGAAUCGAAUGUUCAAAUUAGAGGAAACGCUUCUGGAUGAAGUCUUCAGUGAAAUUACUCAUGCAAUUGAAAAGGCAGAGCAAGACUCAACUAUAAAUGACAUCAAGGGAUUCAUCCAAGUCAUCUGCAGGGAACUUCAAGAAAGACUUGUUAUUCCCAGGGAUGUAGUGGACAAAAUCAACACACUGAACAAUGCAAAUCCAAAAAAAAUUGCUGAAUGCCUUCACUGUUCUCUGAAGGACAUGGAUAAAUCACUGAAAGCUAGUUUGGAAAAAUCAGGUUUUGAAAGCAGAAUAAAGCAUCUUCAAACCAAACCACAGGAUGUGCUGUUCAAACGAGUGCAGGGCUGUCGGGAACUGUGUCCAUUCUGUAAAGCACCAUGUGAGGCAGGAGGAGAAGCCCACUCUAAACACUUUGUCUCAAUUCACAGACCAGAAGGUCUCGGCCGCUACAGAUUUGAAGAUUCUAAAAAACUAGUGACAGACAUCUGUACAUCAUCGGUACACAGCGACUCACGCUUUAAAUGUCGUGACACCAAUGAUGAGUGGCAUCCAUAUAAGGAAUACGAUAAAAUCUAUCCAGACUGGCAUAUUGAUCGAGAGCCCUACAUAGAGCCAUCAGCAUACUGGAUAUAUGUGAUGGCACAAUUCAAUGACCGGUUUGCUGAAGAGUAUGAUGCAAAACCUGCAGAUAUACCUUUAUCCUGGAAUGACAUUACAAAGAUCCAGGCAGAUAAAAGCCUAAAGUAAACAUCAACUAACUAGUGUGUGUCUGGUCUCUAUUCAAAUUAGUUUAGUUACGAUUUUUUUUCUUAUAAUAAAAGCAGCAUUCAAUUGUUGUGAUAUACGCUAGAUGAAACAUCUUUUUACCUAUUUCACAUUGCACGCUUUCUUGAAAUCCUAAUACUGAAAAUGGUAUUUAAAAUUUGUGUGUGUGUUUUUCUGUUGAGAACCAUUUUUAAAUUCACGAUGCUCUGAAUGUUACUUUCUGAUUGAUUUUUAGUCAUAACUGUGUGUUUUCAUGUUUUUGAUUGAGUUUAAUUUGAAUACAUUCAGUUUUGUUCUGUGUUACAUAUAAGGAUUCACUUAAAGUGUCAAUUUUAACACUACUAAAGAUCAAAUAUGGUCCCAAUCUAUCUGGUGUUAAAAGUACACCAUUCAUAGUGUUGAAU